CGUCGCCCACAGUCACUUGUGGAGAUAACGUAACGCUGCUAAUAACUUCUGCUCUGGCCGCGUUUCACUGAACCAGACGAACUCACCCGGGUUGUUGAAGAGCAGUUGAGCAAUUGACCGUGUCCCUCGCUGUCCCAGAUGAGGGACUGAUGCUGGCCAGGACUCUCCUGAACCCUUUGGGCCGCCUCUCUCAACUGUUUACUUCGUCUUAGGAGAAGGAAGAACACCCCCGGCCAAAAUGGAUGACAUCUUCACGCAGUGCAGGGAAGGCAAUGCUGUCGCAGUUCGAUUAUGGUUGGACAACACGGAGAAUGACCUCAACCAAGGAGAUGACCACGGCUUCAGCCCUCUCCACUGGGCCUGUAGGGAAGGACGCUCCAGUGUGGUGGACAUGCUUAUCAUGAGAGGAGCUCGCAUUAACGUCAUGAACCGUGGCGAUGACACACCUCUUCAUCUUGCCGCCAGCCAUGGGCAUCAAGACAUUGUGGGAAAGCUGAUCCAGUGCAAAGCAGACACAAAUGCAGCCAAUGAGCAUGGGAACACACCAAUGCAUUAUGCCUGCUUCUGGGGCCAAGACAAAGUGGCUGAGGACCUGGUGACUAAUGGAGCACAAGUGAGCAUCUGUAACAAAUAUGGGGAAACUCCCCUGGACAAAGGCAAACCUCACCUACGUGAACUCCUCAGAGAAAAGGCUGAGAAAUUGGGACAGAACAUGGUUAAAAUUCCUUUCAAGGACACAUUCUGGAAAGGCACCACCAGAACACGGCCCCGCAAUGGCACUUUGAACAAACAUGCAGGCGUCGACUUCAAACAGCUUCAUCUCGUUGCUAAACUAAAUGAGAACCAAUCAGGAGAGUUGUGGCAGGGACGCUGGCAAGGGAACGAAAUUGUUGUUAAGGUGCUAAAAGUGCGUGACUGGACAACGAGGAAAAGCCGAGACUUUAAUGAGGAGUAUCCCAAACUCAGGAUAUUUUCCCACCCGAAUGUCCUACCCAUGGUGGGAGCAUGUCAGUCUCCUCCCGCCCCUCACCCCAUCAUCAUCACACACUGGAUGCCUUAUGGCUCCCUCUACAACGUGCUGCAUGAAGGCACCAACUUUGUGGUGGACCAGACGCAGGCAGUGAAGUUUGCUCUGGACAUUGCAUGUGGAAUGGGCUUCCUACACACACUCGACCCCAUGAUCCCUCGCCACUUUCUCAACAGCAAAAGUGUUAUGAUAGAUGAAGACAUGACAGCCAGGAUCAGCAUGGCAGACGUCAAGUUCUCCUUCCAGUGUCCUGGCAGGAUGUACUCGCCUGCAUGGGUAGCCCCUGAGGCCCUGCAGAAGAAACCAGAAGAUAUCAACCGCCGGUCAGCAGACAUGUGGAGCUUUGCUAUCCUGCUGUGGGAGCUGGUGACCAGAGAGGUUCCCUAUGCAGACCUGUCCAACAUGGAAAUAGGCAUGAAGGUUUCCUUGGAGGGUUUGAGGCCCACUAUCCCCCCCGGCAUCUCACCACACAUUUGCAAGCUCAUGAAGAUCUGCAUGAAUGAAGACCCAGCUAAGAGGCCUAAGUUUGACAUGAUUGUGCCAAUUCUGGAAAAAAUGCAGGACAAGUAAAAAAAAAAAUCUCCCCUGCCAUCCUGUACCGAAGCGAUGAAUUACUGGAUAUCUUUCUCCAGAUAUCCCUCAAGAUGAGGUGGUGUGGUGCUUACCAGUAUUGCCUUAAACUCUUUUGUCUAACGUUGCAUUCAACGCCUCUGUAGCUUCUGAGAUGAAUCCAGCAGCAUCACUACUUUUAUAUUGUUUUUGUUCUCUUUUUUUUUUCAAUGUGUUAUCAAGUUUUUAUUAGUAUUCUCAUCUUUGUCCCUGAUCUGCUGAAACUGUAUUCACAGGAGCUUGAUAUUGCCUGUUCAUCUUUUAAACUGCAAUCAUGUGGACUGAGUACAAUCUUAUUUAAGGGACUGAAUAACCUGUGGAAGUCAGCAUGAAAGUUUGCUGCAUUGCCUCAGUGGAUUUCCGGCCUUAUUUUUAUCUGGACUUUUAAAAAGUCACCCCCUCCAUUAACCGCUCCUUUUAUAAUAAAAGUAAAGAAAUAACACAUUAACCCAAAGCUUGGUUUGUUGGAAAAGUUUGUUGUGUUGGCAACAAACUACCAUUUAUGCACCUGGGGCAAGCAUGUCAGAUGUCUGAAACCAUUAAUAAGAAAAUGUAUAUGAACUAGUUGCCCAUGAGAGUGCAAACAAAAGCAGGAUUGUGCCAUUAAGCUUGGCUGUGCAGUGAUAUGUUGAGCUUAGGCUGUCUUGAGGUUUGGCCCCUGACUGUAUCCUGUACAAAACUGCCUAUACAAUCCUUUGUUAAGUUUUCAUUUCAGAAAAGUAAAAAUGUCAGUGUCUAUUAUUGCAGUCAUGGCUGGUUUUCUGUUGAUAAGUGUAAUUAACUAGAUUACUCAAACAUUCUUCUGUAAUCUAGCUCAAAAUGGUAAACUCUGUUUUAUUAUGAUUUGAAGAUGCUAGCUGUACUAGCAAAAAGUAACAUCAGCCUGUUUCAUGAUGUCCUGAAGUGUUUGUACUUCACUUAAGACUUAUUUUUAUGUUGAAUAAGUGUACUAUCAUGAUUAAAUACUGCACCGGACUGUAAAUUACUCAUGGAUGUCUUUGGAACAGAUUGAAUAUGUUUCGGUGUCAAGAAUGGGAUAUGCCUUUCCUUCAACUUUUGUGGCUCCAUCCGUAUCUUCUGCCAACAGGAGGUGACCUGGGCAUUAUGGGUGUGAUAUAACAUCUUUCAAACUGUUCUGUUGUCUACUCACUUGUUUUUAUUAUGUUGGGCCUUUAUAGUACUUCUGAAUUUAUAUCAAUCUCAUAUGGGCUGUCUCUUCUACCUGUAUUGUUUCUGUGCCUCCACCAGCUUGCUCGUUUGUGCCGAAUGUUAGCGGUUGAAGCCAAAAUCAAGAAUGACUUAUACAAAUGUAUGUAUUUAUAUAUAAGUAUAUUAAAAAGGAAAAGUAUGGGAAA